GUUUCACUCAUUGUCGGUUGCAUUGUUGCAUCAAGUGAUGAAGUUGCAUCAGAAAUGUCAGGAACAUAGAAAAAACAAUUGCCAAGCAUCGUACUGUGUUUCCUUGUCAAGCGAAGAGUCUUCGCGUUGUAAUUCGCUAUCAGCAGAUUGCAAUGAUGGCUUCCGCCGGUAAAAAAGCUCUUGAAGCCUUCAUCAAAAUGUCUGGGUCGAUUAAUAAACUGUAUAAACGUCCCUUCACUGUGUGCGUAGAAGGCAACAUUGGAAGUGGUAAAACAACAUUUUUAAGUCACUUCAAGAAAUUUGAUAAUGUCACUGUAUUAGAAGAACCUGUUGAGCUUUGGCGUGAUGUGCGUGGAACAAAUCUACUGGAAUUAAUGUAUGGCGAACCGUCUCGCUAUGCUUUCUUGUUUCAAUCUUACGUACAAUUGACUAUGCUCCAAUUACACACUUGUAAGACACCCUUACCGUACAAGAUCAUGGAGAGGUCUGUUUAUAGUGCAAUGUGCUUCGUUGAAAAUUUGAAACGCAGAAAUAUACUACGUGAUGUUGAAGUUACGAUAUUAGAAAAUUGGUAUGACUGGUGUUUGAAAAAUGCCAAUAUAGAAACUGACUUGAUAGUUUAUUUGAGAACGACACCUGAGAUCGUAUACGAAAGAAUGAAACAACGAGGUCGGAAAGAAGAGAAUUCUGUCUCGUUGGAGUAUCUGAAGCAAAUCCAUCAGAUCCACGAUGACUGGCUCUAUCACCAAACUUUAAAGCCAUUGCCAUCACCGGUUAUAACGAUAAACGGUGAUCGAGAGCUUCAUGAAAUGGUAGAGGAAUUUGAUAAAUGUAAAAAUGAAAUCUUCAGCAAGGUAAUAGAUGAUAGCGAUAUAAAUAAUACGAUGAUUACGGUACCGACAAAUUGCGUGCUACCCGAAAUUAAAGCUGUUUCAGAUUAAAUCAUAAAAUGAAAAAAUAAA